GCAAGCACUCCACACUGAUGCACCGGUAGCAUAAACAGCGAGCUGGUGUGGUCCCAAGCACACCACGGUUGGUUGGCACCAUUCAAAAUCACAGGAGUGUUCGGGUCUGUUGAAGUUCUGCCACUAAAGUAUAUGUGGGCUCUAUUCAAAAUAUCCGCGUGAAAAGUGCGUGCGAGGGCAGAAGAGCAGGGGCGAUAGGAGGUCGCGAUUACGAGUUUUUUCCGUCGAACUGUUGAGGAGAAUGCGACACUGCCAGAAAGAACAGGGCAUCCCAUCUUGACCUGAUGCACUUUUUUGCUCGAGCUGCUGUAGCCUAACCGCUCAUGCAUUUCGAUGGCCCCCAGCUUAACGUUUACAUUGCGGCUGCGGUCACAAUACAGUAUAUUUCAGCAUAUCUCGACAACAUGUAUAGCGCCGGCAUAUUUUGAUCGUUCUUCCUCAAUGUGUGAAGUUGGUUUUGCACAAACAGAAGUCACUGAUAGGUUCGGGGCUCAACGUUAUCUACGAAGCAGGAUCACCUUGACUAUAGAUCCACGAUUAUUCCACCUCGCACCAAGUCCUAUAUGGCACAAGGCUCAUUAUGAACAACCCUGGAAUGCAUGUCAGUACGACUUUAUUACUGACUAUGCAGUUUUGUUCCUGUACAGCCCACCGCUCGGCUUGCUGCAGGAUACAGGGGUCUCCCUCACAACAGCGCUUCGGAAGCGCGGUGCCCCCUGCCUAUCAUCCUUUGGCCAGGGGCUUGAUCCCGAAUAUAUGGUUGCCUUUCACCGUUCCACGAAUAAUACCUGGAUACGCGAACAAGAUGUUACUUACCCGCUACAGCAUUCGCUACCUUGGGACGAUCUCCCUGUCGCCCUCCAGAGGCAAAAUGGAGGUCGGUCAGGGCAGAGUGCUCCCUCCACAGCCUCAUUAAUGUCGCCCUCGAUCUUUCGGACUAGUUUGAUCUCGUUGUUUUUUGACCUACUAUGAUCAUGUCGCGGGAUGAUUUCUUCCUACUUGUUUAUCCAGUCGCUUUACGGGUGUGUCUCGCUAGCCGUUUUAAUAGCUGCGCUUGGCAUAUACUUUCUCCGUUGUCCAAGACCGUCGCAGGUCGCCUCCGGUCGCGCUGGCUGAGUUCAUCGCAAAAAUGUCAGGCAAAGA